GAACGGGAGCUGAGAACGGCGCAUGCGCAGUUAAAUUUCGGCCAUCUUUGUCCAGCGCAGUGUGAAGUGACUCCAGUGUCCCUGUGUUUGCUGCAGUGUCCUACCUUAGUGUAGCAUACUGUCAGCAAAGCAAUAAGUGUUCUACCAGCUUAUCUACAGCUUGUGCAAGGCAUCCAUACCAGUGCUUGCCAUUAGCCCUUCAAGUUCGUGAAACAUUUUGAGCUGCACAGUAAGCGGUUAACUCUCUUGGUGGUUUGAAGUGAAAAGAUGUCAGAAACGGCUUUGAAAUUUGGCCCAGAGUGGCUACGAGUCCUGUCCCACGGCGGUAGUGUGUCCUCUCCACCACCCAGCCCGGGAGUCAACAAGAUGAAGCAGAGGGCAGAACAUCGCUAUGGUCGGGAGGAGAUGUUGGCACUCUUCAAUAAGCAUCAAAGUCCACCAGAUGGAAUGCAAGCGCUUGGCUCGUUGUAUGUCGACAAGGCUCAAGAACCACUGGCUUUCAUACCCAUGAAUGAGGAAGAACAGCGUAUGUGGCAGAGAGGGGUAAACAGUGAUGUAGUGCUUCGUCAGGCUGGGCGUGCUCCUGUCAAUGGGGUGGGGAGAGGACGAGGAGGCAGUGUGGAUCGGGGUCGGGGACGCGGCAGGGGUACUGCCUCUUAUUACACUCGUGGGCUCAGCUAUGAUGAAGAGGUGGAACCACGGGGCCAUAAAGAAGGAGGACCACCCGGCAUUGGCAUUAGAAGUAAACCCUAUGAGAGGUCGCAGAGUGUGCAUGAGCAAAGGCCUUGGAGUGAGCGGGCCCCCGCUGGCACAGUGCCAGGGGUUGGUGUUGUGCCUGAGGACCGCAAUGGAGCAGUAUCACCACGGAAGGAGCAGGGACGGGCCUCCACAGAGAACUGGAGGUCCCGGGCUGGUGAAAAUGAUGACAGUGAACGCUGGAGGGGAGUUGGGGGCGGCCGGAGUGAAAAGUGGGGUCCUCGUGGGUGGCGUGAGCGAGAGAAUGGGCUGGAGGGUGACUGGGAGGAGGGGUUAGGGCGGGGCAGUACCCGAGGGAUGCCUGCCUCAUCACGGGGCAUGCGGCAACCCUGGGACGAGAAAGAUGGGCAUUUCCGCAAGUCCUGGGAUGAGGACAAUUUGCCAGAAUGGUAUAUCGUCCGAGCAACUGAAAACUCUGAUGAGAAAGGUGGGAGUUUUGAUGCUUCUGGUGCCUUCCAUGGACCAGGAUCUGGGUGGUCUGAUGAGGAGGAGCCCACAGCUGAGGGGCGCGGCUGUGGCCCUGGCAGACCUCGUCAGAAGUCCUCCAGCCCUGACAAAGGCAUUUUACCUGAGAACUCUGCAACUGACAAAGCAGAGGCUGGCAAGGGUCAGGAUGACUCUGAGUCACUGGAGGAGAAGGCACAGAAGAAAGGAAUAGAGGAGGAGCCUCAGCCUAGACACUCCCCAAUGAACAAUGGGAUGGACCCUGCUCAAGCUCUUCACCCGCCUAUUGAUUCCAUACCCUCUGAGGUGCAUUUCUUUAACAUAUAUGGAUCAACCACAGAAGAAUCACAAGGCAGGGAAGAGAACAGGGGAAGCCCAAAUGAGAUGGAGCCGGGCAAUGUCAUUCCUGAAGCCAUGAUGAAUGGUGUGGCCUCAGAGGAAGAGAGCAGUGGGAGGGAGGCCCCAGCACCACCCCCAUUCCAGGGUGGAGUGGGACCAGUCCCAGUCCCAGUCCCAGUGCAAGCACAGAACUCUGAGGGUCCAGAACCUGUGCCUGGGUUGGGACGGGAGCACCAGGGGGAGGAGGAGAAGCUGGAGCACAUGCAGAGUGUUGCAGAUGACUUGGUGGCAAAGCUGGUUGAAGAAGAUGAUCCUCGCCCCCGGUCCAACCCUCCCAACCCUGGUGUGACACCCCCAGGGCAAAUGGGGCCCAUGCCUGAGCCAGCACCCCAUCCCACUCACACUGCCACGGAGGACAAGUGGUACUACACUGACCCUCAGGGUGAGAUUCAGGGUCCCUUCUCCUCAAACGACAUGGCAGAGUGGUACAAGGCCGGCUACUUCACCCCGAGCCUGCUGCUUAAGCGCGAUUGUGAUGACCAGUUUGCUCAGCUGGGGGACCUUACCAGGGUUUUUGGUAGGGUGCCCUUCAUUCCAGGACCUCCAGUUCCUCCCCUUAAGCUACCAGAACUGCUGGCAGCACAGAAGCAGCAGGCUGAAAGAGAGCGCUUGGAGUUGCUACAGACUUAUAUGUUGCAGAAGCAAGUUUACCAACAGCAGAUUGCUGCCAGACAACAAGUGUUACAAAAGCUACAAAGUCUUGAGGAGUGGAGCACACUCAACCCCAUCCAGCAGCAGCAGUUGUUCAUGCAGCACAUGAUGACUAUGUUCCCUGGCCACCCUCCCAUCCCCCCCACAGUGCCUCCAUCCACUGCCAUACCUCAGACCACCCAGGUGUCCGCCCCCAUCCCUGACCCAAGGAUUGUUGCUGGACCAGAUCCUAGAAUCCUGCCGGGCCCUGCUGGACCACCAUCCUCUAAACCUCAGGAUCCCAUACAAGCUCUUGUUGCACAAAUGCAAACCAACUCCAUUACCAAUAACACAGCCAUGACCAGCUCCUGUGAGGGGUUGCUGACCUCCCAGCUAACAGCAACAUCCAUGGCAGCUGAAAACCCCCUGCAGAAAUUAUUGAUGCAGCUGCAGAGGGGACAGCAGCCUGGAAUGGGACCAAUGGGAGGAGGCCCAGUAGGAGGAGGAGCCCUGGGAGUGGGUAUGGCAGGAGCAGCGGGGGGAGUAGGGGGAGUGACAGCUCCCUCAGUGGCCACGCCUCCCACAACCGUGCCAACAAUAGAGAAGCCGCCUGAGCAGCAGUUUGAUGCCAUCCAGUCCCUCAUGCAACAGCUCACCAACAUGCAGACUCCAGCACAGGACCAGAUACAACAGGAGGAGCAGCGCAGACGUGAUGAAGACCAGAAGAGAAUAGAGGAAGAGAGGAAGCUGUUGGAAGACCAAAAGAGAGCUGAAGAAGAGAGAAUCAAAAUUGAGGAACUCAGGCUGAAGGAGGAACUGAAGAGGCAGGAGGAGCAGAGAAGAAGCCUGGAAGCACUGCGACGCCAGCAUGAGGAGGAGGCUCAGAGGCUGGAGGAGGAGAGGAGGAAGAUCAUGGAGGAGCAGAUAAGAAGGCAGGAGGAGAUGAGAAGAAUUGAAGAGGAGAAGGUUAGGAAAGAAGAGGAGCAGAAAAAAUUGAAAGAUCAACAGAUGAAUGAAGCCAAGCGGAGACAAGAGGAGCAGCUGCGCCGCCAAGAGGAACACAGGCGACAACAGCAGCAGCAACAACAGCAGCAGCAGCAGCAGCAGCAGCAGCAGCAGCAGCAGCAUCAACAACAGCAGCAGCAGCAGCAGCAGCAUCAACAACAGCAGCAGCCACAGCAUCAACAGCAGCAGCAACAACAGCAACAACAACAGCAACAACAACUACUUCAGCAGCAACAGCAGCAGCAGCUGCUUCAACAGAAGCAGCAAGAAGAAGCAGCCAAGAGGAAAGAGGAAGCUAGAAGACAAGAGGAACUCCGUAGACAGCAGGAGGAGGAAAGAAAGAGACAGGAGGAAGAGAGGAGAAGGCGAGAAGAGGAGGAGGAAGAAGCAAGACAGCAAGCACAAAUCCAGGAGGAAAUGAGGAGGAUUGCCCUAGAAGAGGAACGGAGACACAUGCAACAGGUGGAGGAAGAGGAGCGUCAGAGACAGGCUGAGGAGGAAGACAGGAGACACCAACACCUUUUGCAUCUAAAGAAUAUCCUACCUGCCUGGAAUACACAGAACCCAGCUCCAGCCCCUGAGGCAGCCCCAGCGCCCUCCCUGGCUGAUAUUCAGCGUGCCCAGGAGGAGAAGGAGAGGAGGGAACGGGAAGUGGAGCUCCAGAUGCAGCAGCAGCGGCAGAGGGAUGCCCAGAGACAGGCAGCAGAAGAGGCACGUCAGAAGAACUCUGGCCUGAAGUGGGCUGCCAAGGCUCAAGCCAAUCCUGCUCCUGCUCCUGUCAAGUCUCUCCUGGAGAUUCAAGCAGAGGAGGAAAAGGAGCUAAAGAAACGCCAAGAGAAGGAGGCAGCUGAGCGAGCAGCAGCAGUCAGCCACAUGAGUUUGGGGGCGGCAGGUGUGUGGGGCUCUGCCAUGUCCAACCUUUCCUGGGCCAGCCGUGCCUCCACUGUGGGGACAACUGCGGCCAGCCACCAGUCUAGUCAACAGUGGGGUGGAAACAGUGGUGGUCAGUCAGCUGGAGGUGGUUUGUGGAACAAUACAAGCCAGCCUGCUGCAGUCACUACCUCCAACCCCGGCCAAUCCGUCUGGAACAAUGAUCACUCCUCCAUCUGGAACCAUGCUGACAACUCAUCAUCCACUGGUGGAUUCUGGGACAACCCUGAGCCCAGCAAACCCAAGCCAGCAAGUGGCAGGACCCCCACCAAACCCAACAACCCAAACCAGAACCACAACCGAGGUGGUGGGCCAGCAGGGGCACCACAGCACAACAACAGUACAAGUACCCGGGUCAGCAAGAAGAAGAAUAAGGAUGAGAGUGACAUGGUGAAGAAGUUGUUCACUGAGAAUGUUUCCCAGGCAGACAAUUUCACUCAGUGGUGUAAAUCUUCACUUAACACCAUGAAGGUUCAUGCUUCUAUUGACAUUCCAACCUUUGUAACCUUCCUGGCGGAGGUUGAGUCCCCUUAUGAAGUGCACGACUACAUUCGCUCCUACCUUGGGGACAGCAAGGAGGUGAGGGAGUUUGCCAAGCAGUAUUUGGAGCGGCGCAGCAAAGCUCGCAACGCUCAGAAGGAGCGGGAGGUGGAGGAUGACAUCCUGGCGCCGGCACCAGCUGUCAACCCCACUACCUCAGAGUUCCAAGAGGUCAAGGCCCGCAGCAGGAAGGCAAACAAAAAGAAGAUGCAGAAGGUGGACAGCAGCAUACUUGGCUUCAAUGUGACCUCCAAUGAGCGCAUCAAUGUUGGAGAACGCGAGUAUGCUGAGUGAAGCAGACAAAGCAGCACAGAUCCCCAAUCAGGAAAACAUGCGCUUCACUGGGAAUAGGACUAGUUGGAGAGACAGAGUGUGUUACCCCAUGAGAACAAGUGGAGUUGGACCAAACAGUGGCAACGUGGGUACAAAACGAAGCAGAAAAAAAUAAUUAACGUCCACUCUGAAAACAUUAAUUUCUUAUGCAACUGUGUGGAUAUCAUAUUGAGGAGGGAAGGGGCAAUGGGAAGCCAAUGCUCAGAUUAUCUACUAGGCACAUUUAGCAUGCCUCAAGUGUUUACUGUGAGCAGGUGGAGGGAGGACGGCUUGUGUGUAGUAGCAUUUGUGGCUGGUCCAGUGUUGCUCCCUGCCUUGUCUCGUCUUGAGCAUAUUUUCCAAGAAAGUAUGAUGAUUUAGUUAUUAAAAGUCAAAGUUGUCUGUGAUAGUGGCCUGCUUACAGAUUUAGGCAAGUUCUUGAAAAUGGAACAUUAUUACUUGAAAUUUACUAAAGCUUUAUAUAUCUUGGAAAGGAAUAAUGUGCAUAUAUUCCAUGUUCUGCUGUAGGAUGGAGGAAUGGCAUAAAUUUGUAUUAAUUCCAUCAGUUUAAGUUUUCUAUCAUCCUGUUGUUCAGAUAGCAGCAUUUCCUUCUUGAAAAAAUUUUUGAGCAAUUACAAUGAAACCACUAAACUCAAAGGAUGAAAAGCCAGCUGGAAUCUGUGACACUUGAAACUUGUGAACAAUUUCACUGCAUAUGUGGUGGUCUUACAUCUUCAGUAAACUGAGACUGGCUGUUGCCUGACCUUCACAAAGUCCAGGCUAGUGACAUCUUGUUUGCACCCCAGAGUCUGCUCUGCCAUCCAUGUCUUGAGGUUACCUGUAAGAAAAUAAAAAGUUGAGUGGGAAGAGGCACACAUUUAUCUAGUUUUUGUUCAUUGUGGUCUUUAGUUUUAUAACAUUCACUUAUCACCUCCACUGCAUUCUGUAUUUGCUCUCAAGUUAUCCUUUCAUCUGCUGACAAUCUUACAAAAUCUGACUAUUUAUAGAUUCUCAGCUGAUCAGAGGACUUAGAGAAGACAUUAAACUUGUUGGAAGUUAGUGGAUGUUACAGAACUACUGUCCACGAUUGUACUGGUGCCCAUCUAAAACUGUUCUUGACCCUUUGGCUGCUUAUGACACUAUCACUUACUUCCAUUUGAGUAACCAAAUGCAAAUGUAAUGAGCAAAAAUAUAACACAGGCAUUAAAAGGUUAUAACUACUUGAGUACUCUUUUGCCAUCAAUGGUGUCUUGAAAAUUAAACUUUAAAUUUGUUUACACUAGUGUUUUGUCAAGCUUUAGGAGAACCCACAACAGUAAGAGUUGAUCUAAAUCUCAGAACGUGGGAAACAUCAUUAUGCUGAGUUCUUCAAGCACAGAGCAGCAGAUGGUGCCAUUUGAUGGAGCAUUUGCUGGUUAAGUUUUAAAUUGAGCCCUUGCUGGUCUGGUUUUAAACUGAGUUAUUAGUCUUAAGUAAUAAUACACUGGUGGAGCAGAUUCACAUUCACUAAAUUCUUACUCAUUGAGAUGUAUUACUGGUUCAGUAUUAUCUUAGCUCAUGAGAGUCAGUUGGGGUAUAAUGAUUUAAUACUUAUGGCUUCCCUAAUGAUGUAAGCUGACUGCUGACUACCAUUCUUUUCCACUUCAUUACUUGUAUGCUUUACAUCUCAUGUCAUUUGUGCAGGAAAUGUAUAUAUCAUAGUUUCAUCUCUUCACUACAUAUUCCUUCUGACAGAUGUGAUUGACUGAAUCAUGUCUCGCCUUUCUGUUUUUCUGUUCCUGUUGUUGUGUUGCCAAAAUGGCUGCCUGCUUGACUGUUCAUGCAGACAGGUGCCUAUGCUCUCUUUUAUUUGUUUCUGCCAUGUAUAGUUGCAUCAUUUAGUUACUGCUUUUCUUUUUGCCUAAAUAUGUGAUGGACAAUAGUAAGCAGUAAAAUGACAUCUCAAAAUAAAUUUCUAACACUCCAGUAAUUAGUGCAGGAGGGAUGUAUGUAAACCUGUAAAAAUUUUGGAUCUUUUCAUAUGUUUGUAACUGUUGCUUCUAUCAACAACAAAUUUAAUAAAAAAAAGUUUUCUGUGAGGUAGAAGAUGAAUGACUGUAUGACAAAAUGUACUCCUAGGAUAAAUAAAACCAUAUAAGGUGACGACUGCCGGGGCUUAGGGUGGCUUCGUCACUUUAAAAUUGAAUGCUUACACUGGAGUUGCUUGGCAUAAGGUGUAUCAUACUCCCAGGGAAACUAGUUAUCAGGUUAUACCUAAGGUUGUAAUACAAGAAGUACUAUUUUUGUUAAUACAUGCAUGGAACUUUUUGUCUGACAUUCAGACUUUACAAUCAGUGGUUGUUACCGAUAUACUGCCGUAUGUGGCUGGCUACUCUUCUGUACUUAAAAAUUAUUUAUUAUUUUUUUAUUGAUGGAAACAUAAAGGGAACCAAAUAUGCUCUCAAACUUAACUGAUUUACCUGACUUGAGAUAUACAUGAUUUGCUGGGAGGAGCAUAGAAAUAUGUCAGCUUCCAAACUUUGAGUUAGGAGGUUUUUUUUGCUGAUGAAAAGCUGCUCGAUUAUAAGUAGAUAAAGUUUUUAUAUGAAGUAUUCAUAAUAUGAACUGCUUGGUCCUUUGUUGAUAUAAUAAGAUACUGUCUGAGCUGCUGUCUAUGUUGGCAAGUGCAGAACAGCCUGGGAGAGUAAGCUGCUGUAUAAUGGAAGGGCUGCCACUGUUACAUGAGAAAAUUGACACCACCAUUAAUAAAAUCAGUAUUACAUUUUGAAACUCAGAAGGCAUGGAAACUUAAGUGUGCAAGCACCAAAACCUCAAGUGUGCUGCAGUGCUUGAGUGUGGUCUUCCGGGGUCAGUGCUGUGUGAGGCUGUUGUUAUGGGCAAGAGGAGUGUGCCUAUGUUGUUAAUACAGAAAUGUUUUGGUGCUCAAAUCCAGAGAUUCUGGAAUCCUUAAUACAAAAGAAAAAAUUGA